AUGACUUGGCCGUCGUCGUCGGCAAGCGCGGCCAUAUUCUCUGAGCCAGGCCACGAAGCGCUCUUGGAACACAUCCUGCUGGAUCUAGACUGGAAGAGCCUUUUGGCUGCCAGCGCUACAUGCACUCACACCAACGACGUCGUCUCGUCUUUGCCCAAGCUCCAACUCGUUCUCCGCGCCGCGUUCACAGCCAACCCCCAUGCCGAGCUGUACUCUCAGGGUAGUGGCAGCCCGCAACUUCCGUCCGGGCCUCGUCUGCAGCGCGCCAUUGACAUUCAGAGAAACUGGUCGUCGAUGAGUCCCAAGCGGGUUGACAUUCUCAACGUUCCAAAUCUAUACACCUUGGCGUGGAGCGAAGGUGUGCUCGCCACUUCUUGGAUUGGGGAUAACGGAGAGAUCGGACGGAAGGACGGGCAGCAGAUACACCGUGUCCGGGACGACAUUGACGAUGGCGAUGACGAUGGCGAUGGCGAUGGGGACUCCUUGGACGGUACGGACUAUGACAGGAACUCGGCCUUCUCCGAGCUCAUCGGUGUUUGUUACCCCCAAGGCUGGACCGUCCGCAACCUCUACACGCAUCGGGACUCGGAGCUCGCAGCUGUUCCCGCGCGCACAUUCAAGCCGCAAGUCGACAAAGUCAAUGUUAAGAAAUGCUUUGAUAGCUUUGACGUCUCGCGACCGGACAACAUGAUCGCCACCGCCAAUGCUGCCACAGACUCUAUGGGCACUGCGAUGAUCCACAUCCAUUUUUAUCUUCUGGACCCCGAGGCUGCCGGCCAUCCCGUGGUUCUUGACGACGAUGGUUUUGCUGUGCCCGUUUGUCACCCAGAGGCCAUGGGUGGUACGGGUCUACUCGAGAUUCCCAUGCCGGUCGUGGAUGAGCGGGAUGCGGGGGGAGAGUUUGAGUUUGACUUUUCUGGAAGACCAGGGUAUGACAUUCCAACCGCGUUCUAUGAGGAACAAUCUGUGUGGCCCCUUGACAAACAUACUCUCGUGUCCAUGGGUCCGCGUGUCACACAAUGCAGCAUCACUGGCACGAGCGUCGACUCCGCCGAGAAGGAGACUAUGAGCUUGGCGAUUGUGCGUGCCGACAGUCAAGCGCCAACUCCGACCAAAGAGCAAUGGGAUAAAGCCAAUCGAGCCCGCAGGAAAGUGGACUUUGACGAAUGGACCGAACGCAGCAAGCGCCACGACCUUGCUUUACUCUCAGACCCGGACGCCGAGGAAGAGGACGACCCAAGACAGGACGUCUGGAUUCUACCUGACCGAACGUCCAAUGUGGUUCGCGCCGACUUCCCGUUACAUGUCUUCCGGUUUGGCGAGGUCGGAGAACUGGAUGAGGAUAUGGGCGUCUACGACACCCGCUGGGACAUCACCCCCGAAUACGAGCCACACCUUGACUCUAAUACAGGCAUGGUGGCUAUUGCGACAAACACGAAGCCGAACAUGGACGAAGCGUUCGGAUACACUGCUGUGCUGAACCUCCGGGACCUUCUCAACCCAAACCUCCACCCGGGAGAGAACAUUGAGAUGGGAGUGAGUGCUGGUAUCGCCAGGGCACCGAUCCCGGUUCCCGUCGAAAACAAGCCGUGGUGCGACAUGGACAUCUACGCAUCGAGCGAGGUGCACAUCGGUCUCCAUGGGUACCGGGCCAUAACCGCCGAGAUUUCCGGCUCGAAAAGACCAACGAACCACAAGGAGUGGUCCAGGUAUACCCUCCAUAUGGCAGACCACAGGUUCAAGACGCGCGACGCCGACAUGGUCCACGCUUGGCCUCUGGGGAGCCGCAAGGCUGGGGCUCCUACGUCUAGUCGCCUUGGUUCUGAGCCGUUGGCCGUCACAUACCCACGAACGGUCCCCGAGGUGUCAACAGAUGCCACUGGUUCGGUGGCUCUCCCAGCGCUACUCGUCUCCUCCUCCUGGGACGAAGGCAGGGAUGAAGCCAGCGUCCCACACCCACUACUCGUCGACAACCUCGAGGUCCAUCAGGCCGCUCGCCCUGGGACCGCCCUUGAGUUUGCGUUCGCCAAGAAGCUGGGUGAACUGCACUGUGUCCACGUCGACGCAGAGCAUGUGUACAUGUGUCUUGGUUCACGCGUUGUUAUCAUGUCGUUCUGA